AUGGAAUUCAAAGAUUUGGAUCCAAGACUUUCCCGUGCAUUAUCGAAACUUAAUUUUCAUAAACCUACACUCAUUCAAGCAAAAACUAUUCCUUUAGCUUUAUCCGGAAAAGAUAUAUUAGCAAGAGCAAGAACAGGAAGUGGUAAAACAGCUGCUUACUGUUUGCCCAUUAUUCAAAAAAUAUUGAAUGUAAAAGAAAAUAUUUCCGAGUAUUCUUCAGAACGCAUGGCAACACGAGCACUUAUUCUUGUUCCAACACGGGAACUUGCAGAACAAAUAACAAAGCAUAUUAAUGAUUUUCUGCUCUAUUGUUCUAAAGAAGUAAGGGUUAUAAAUAUUGCUAAUAAUACACCCUUACAACUUCAAAGACCAAUAUUAUCAGAAUUACCUGAUAUAGUUGUCUCGACACCAAGUAGAGUUUUGGCACAUCUUGAAUCACAAAGUCUUGUAAUUAAUAACUCACUUGAAUCACUUGCUAUUGACGAAGCCGAUCUCAUACUUUCAUAUGGAUAUGAGGAAGAUAUAAUGAAAAUUUUGACCUAUAUACCAAAAAUGUUCCAAUGUUACUUGAUGAGUGCCACAUUGUCUAAGGAUGUAGAAAAUCUUAAACAUUUAUUAUUGCGUAAUCCAGCAAUAUUAACAUUACAUGAACAAGAUGAACCUAAUUUGCUCACUCAAUAUUGUAUUAGAUGCUCAGAAAUAGACAAAUUUCUAUUAAUAUAUGUUGUGUUAAAGCUUGGUCUUAUCAAAGGCAAAUGUCUCAUAUUUGUAAACGAUAUAGAUCGAUGUUAUCGUCUUAAAUUAUUUUUAGAACAAUUUUCAAUUAAAAGCUGCGUAUUAAAUUCUGAAUUACCUUUAAAUUCCAGGUUUCAUAUUGUGCAGGAAUUUAAUAAAGGAGUAUAUGAUUAUAUUAUUGCAACUGAUGAAAGUGAUUUAAAAAGUGAAAAAGACAGCGAUAAUGAAUCAGUUGAGGAAAACGAUGAUGAACAAGAAGAAGAAAGUCCAAUAGUGGAAUCAACAAAAACAGUGGAAGAGGGACCAAAAACGAAAAAAUUACGUAAAAAUAGAGAAGAUAAAGAAUAUGGAGUUUCUCGUGGUAUAGAUUUUAUUAAUGUCGCAGCAGUGAUUAAUUUUGAUUUUCCAACUUCAGCAAAAUCUUAUACUCAUCGAGUUGGACGGACAGCAAGAGCAAACCAAAAAGGAAUGAGUUUAAGUUUUAUUGUGCCAAGAGAGUUAGUAGGGAAAAACAAAAAUUUUACAUAUCCUGCAGCAAAACAUGAUGAAGAAAUUUAUGGACGAGUAGAAAAAAAACAAACACUAUCUGGAGCAAAAAUUAAUCCUUAUACCUUUGAUAUAAAACAAGUUGAAGGAUUUAGAUAUCGUGUAGAAGAUGCAUUGAGAGCAGUAACAAAAAUUAUGAUUAAAGAAGCUCGACUCAAAGAUAUUAAAUCUGAAAUAUUAAAAUCCGAAAAAUUAAAGGCACAUUUUGAAGAUAACCCGAACGAUUUAAAGGUUCUUCGUCAUGACACUGUAUUUCAUCAUUCACGAGUUCAACAACAUAUGAAACACAUUCCACCAUAUCUUAUGCCCAAAAUUGCACCACCACCAACAUCAUCAUCUGUUACUGAUUCAGAGCAUACAGAUUCUAAAGUCUCGGGAAAUAUUCCUUUUCAAAAAUCAUUUCAACAAUCUAAAAAGUCGAAAAAAAAAACCAAAUAUAUUCCUAAGAAACGAAAAAAUGAUCCAUUAAAGACUUUUAGCAUAGGAAAAUCGUCUAUUGCUAAUAAUAAAAACAAAAAACAGGAUGUAAUUAUUAAGGAAGAUGAUAGUAAGUUACAUUGUUUAUUUCAAAUAGCUAAUAAGAUGUUGAAUGAGCAUAUGUAUGCAGUGAAAAUGUAA